AGAUAGAGGUUGCUCAGGGCUGAGGACCUACAGCACACGAAGCUUGUCUUUGACCGCUCCCCCGUCUGCUUGUGGCCUUGACUUGUCCUAGGAUUCUGGGGGCUCCUCUGACCCACCUAGCCAGACCCCAGACACAAACCAUGUUCCCGGUGAAGGUGAAAGUGGAGAAAUCAGGCCGGCACUCAAUCCACUGAGGCACACCAGCCAGGGCUGGAGACCCAUUUUUAAGAUGAGGUAACAGGUUCAGUGAGAGUUGGAGAUGGCUAAGGCCCGGAACCAACUGGAUGCUGUUCUGCAGUGUCUCCUGGAGAAGAGUCACAUGGACAGGGAGCGUCUGGAUGAGGAAGCUGGGAAGACCCCCUCAGACACCCACAGCAAGGAUUGCUCCAUUGCGGCCACUGGCAAACGGCCAUCUGCCCGCUUCCCUCACCAGCGGAGGAAGAAGAGGAGGGAGAUGGAUGAUGGGCUGGCUGAAGGAGGGCCACAACGAUCCAACACGUAUGUGAUUAAGCUGUUUGACCGGAGUGUGGACUUGGCUCAAUUCAGUGAGAACACACCGCUGUACCCAAUCUGCCGUGCCUGGAUGCGCAACAGCCCCUCAGUGCGUGAGCGCGAACGCUCACCCAGCUCACCGCUGCCCCCACUGCCUGAGGAUGAGGAGGGUUCAGAGGUCACCAACAGCAAGAGUUGUGAUGUGUACAAGCUGCCUCCUCCUACAGCCCCCGGGCCACCUGGAGAUGCCUGCAGAUCCCGAAUUCCAUCCCCACUGCAGCCUGAGACCCACGGCACCCCUGAUAAUGAGCCCUCUGAGCCUGAGCCCUCUCCCUCCACACUCAUCUACCGCAACAUGCAGCGCUGGAAACGCAUCCGUCAGAGAUGGAAGGAGGCAUCUCAUCGGAACCAGCUUCGUUACUCAGAAAGCAUGAAGAUCCUACGAGAGAUGUAUGAGCGACAGUGAUAUUCCCCUGCCCCCACCCCACCCCAAUAAACAUUUCCCUCUUCACAUUGGCCUCAGAUUGCUCCAGCCCAUCCUUCCAGGCCCAGAC